UUCUUUUUAAUUUUUUUUGUUGUUUUAAGGUUUUAUUUUAACAUAAAAUAGAGUUUAAGUGCUAUAUAAUACAUUUUUCUCUCUGUGGGCGGGCAGCUACUCGUAAACGGAGGACAAACAAAUUUACACAAAUGGUAGCUGACCGUGUCGUGCUUGGUCAAGAGCAAUUUAUAUGGCCCGGUCAGUUCGGCACGAGUUCCUGGAGUUCGAAGAUCGGGUUAUUAAGCGCCUACGGUGAGCAGAUAUGGGUGGAACUGAAAAAGCCAAGGGCCAAGUCCUGCCCAGGAAGAGAGGCUACGGCUUUGUUACCAACAUCAAGGAUUACUGCACCAAUUGUACACUCGCAGGAUUCGCUUACAUCGCCAAUUCAAGGCUGCAUUUCACGGAACGCAUUUUCUGGUUGAUUUGUGUGUUUAUGUCGUCCUUGGGCUGCUACCAACUGAUCAUGGGAUACCAGCGGAGUUUUCCCACACGAGCUGUGAGCAUUGUAUUCGAAAGUCUGCCGCCAUUUUCCAAAUGGAAAUUUCCCGCUGUCAGCGUCUGCGAACUGGCCUACCGUGGAAAUCUGUUUCCCAAAUUCGAGGAAUACAUAACAAGUUUGGGCGUCGACGUGACGGGUGACUACCCAUAUGAUGUGGAGACAGGUGUAUCGAUCCUUCUAUUUCCUGCUUUAUACAAUGAGAACGGGCUGAAGGGAAAGUGUGGCACAGUACACAAGAAUUGCACAGCAGCGUGCGCAAGGUGUCCUUCGGAUAACUAUCGGCAAAUACUGACCUGGUAUGGAGCCAACUGCUCGGAUCUGUUCGUGGAGUGCAAACUAUCCCAUGAACCCUUCGAUUGCUGCCGGCAUUUUCUGCCCCUUUUGACACCCUUUGGCCGCUGUUAUAUGCUCAAUUCGCUACUGAACAAUGAACCUGGCUCAAAACACUGGCUGCCCAACGAGUUGGAUCCCGCCUAUCAGAAGGCAGUGAUAAAUGUGAUCACUCGUUUGGAUGUGCAAAUAAGCGUGAUAAAUGCGGAAGAUAUUCCACACACGGCUUUCUUUCCGCCCGGAAUUCCUCUGAUUACCGAGGGCUUAAGCAAGUAUAUGCAAUUUAACCAGGUCGCCAUGAAGAACGAUCCGGAUGUUAAGGAUAUAGAUCCGAAGAUCCGCAGCUGCUUUUUCCCAGAGGAGAUACCGGCUGACAGCAUAUACAAGUCCUACAGCUUCAGCGUCUGCAUCACCGAGUGCAUCAGGCGUUUGCAGAUGAAGGCCUGCAACUGCACGUCAUUCCUGUACAAUCCCAAUGCCGAUCCACGGUAUCCGGACUGCGAUCUGGAGGGAUUCUUGUGUCUGGAGAAGACUCGUAUGAUCAAGCCGGAUUCCAGGGUGCUGGUGAACAACAACAAGGGCAACAAUGCCAGUUGCGGCUGCUUGCCAUCCUGCAAUGAUGGCGACAUUACUACCAUUUACGAGCCACUCUUAUUUGUUAGAAAUCCAAACAAGUACUACAACGGAACUCUGGACAUGCCCUUCCUGCCGACGGAUCAGUAUCGCCGGCAGUCCCUUCGCACGCCUCUGGAUGUCGUGGUCUCCAUGGGCGGCAUGCUGGGUCUUUUCCUGGGGGCCAGCAUCCUCAGUGCCAUCGAGUUUGUCUACUAUUUCACAGUGCGACCCCUAAGCAACAUGCUGGGGGCUCGCGCCGCUCGUGCGUAAUUGGUCAACUGCCAGCGGCAAAUCGAAAGCCAGUGCAAGAAGUUUUCGAAAAAAAGAUAUGCAUAUAAAACUACUCAGUUAUUUAUACAUAACAGAUAUUGUAUAUUCUAUUUCUUAAUUAGCACAAUUAUUCUUUUUCUUACAUCAAUUUUUUUAAUCUCUAAAUCGAACAUUUUUAUUAUAAAAAGGCAAUUGCAUAUUCUUUAAGUGUAUUCGCGGAGUUAACCAAAGAGAAGUAUAUUGAAAAAGGAGAACGAAAUCUGGAGUCUCCCGAGUCGGAUGCGCCUUGACCUCAGUCACAAGCGGCGUAUGCGCAAUUUAAAAAUUUUAUUAAAUAUUUGCUCGACUCGGUCACUGCAAUGCGCAUUAAAAAUGCAACCAUGGCAUGCCGUCAGGAUGCCAAGGAUAUUCGUACCGAAAAGCGAUGCUGUGCGAGCCAAGUGUGAAACUGAAAAUCAAUGAAACUCACAAUUUGCCCAGUCAGCAAACGCCUCUUGGCGACAACUGCAACCAUUUCACACUUAUAUACAUACAAAUGUAUGGUUUAUAUGUACAUAUUGUCGCCUCAGAUUUGGCGACCUUUCAAGCUUGUUAAGUUUUCCAUUCGGCAGGGCCACGUUGUUUAGUUUUAAAUAUUUAAAACGACACAACAAUAGAAAAGUGUGCUAAAAGCAAACGAGAGAAAUGUAAUCACAUUAAUUCUUUGCCACAGGCCUUUUUCUUUGCCUUUGCCUUUUUCGGUCAUUGUUGCCUUUGGUCACCUCCACAAAGGUUAAUUAAUUAUGCUCUACACCAAUUAAAAAGACACGAAAUGGGCCUAAGCUUUUAGCGCACGGAAAAUUCGAGUGAAAUGGGCUUAAAAGGGAAUGUGGAACACGGUUAGAAGUGGGUCGUUGGGAAUAUUUGAAAAGCACAUUCGAAACCAAUUAAAAAUUAAUUAUGUCAAACUAAGAGCAAAACCUAAUAGGAAUUUGUGUUGUAAUAAUUUUGAAGAUAAUAAGUUCAUGAAAUGAAUAGCAAUUUCAAAACAAACCAUUAAAACCAAGCACAAACUAUUAAAAAGAAAGUUUAUUAAUAAAGUACAUCGAAAGUUUAUUAUUUAUUAGUUUAAGAUUUAAUUCCAAAUUGAAAUGUCAAGCCUCCUUGUUGUAAAACAAUUUUAAAAGCAUGAAAAGCAUACUUAAAGGGCAUUAAAGGACUUCAUAAAACUUAGCCCAACAACUUUUACUACUAAAAGGACCCAAGGAAAUGGAAUAAAAAUCUCUGACCGCCACUUCCCGCAAACUCAUAAAUAAUACUC